AAAAUCUCCUAGAUAAUAUAAAAGAAUGAGCCCUCAGGUCUGAUUCUUCGCUGUUACAGAGCGCGGGCAGCUCAGUGUCGCGUUAAAACCCUAGAUGUAAUCUCUUCUUAGCUGCCCUAAUGUCUUCUCCCUUCUUUUACACGGAAGGCCUUGCAACCGGACUGAAUCUUUGUUCGGCUGAGAUCGCUAUGUUUUCCGUUCUUCCUCAGCGGAUCUAAGGUAACCGGAUUUGGUUUCCCUGCUAAAGAUGGCUUCUUGCAAGAGGAACUACCCGCUUCUUCGUUUCUGAUUAGGGAGAAGAGAUCGCCGAGUCCUCAUAUUCUGCAUAAAAAUCAGAGAAAAGGUGCACUGCUCCCUUAAAAAUCAAAGCUUUACAGUUGAAAAAAAAUGCAAUCGAAAGCUCGAAUCUAUGCCGAUCCACCUCUCCACAGCGAUCAAUUUGAUCGGAUCCCAGACUCCAUCGUCCUCUUAAUCCUCAACAAGGUUGCUGAUGUUCGCGCGCUCGGUCGCUGCUCUGCGGUAUCAAAGCGAUUCAAUUUCCUGGUUCCUCUUGUUCAUGACAUCUAUGUCAAGAUCGACCGCGUUGUCACUGUGGACGGCGAUCCCUCAGAUGAAUCCCUAAACCUCUCUUCCCCUAAGCCCCGCAACCUCUUCUCCCACCUCCUUAAGCUCGUCCUCUUCACCAUUCUGAAACCAUUCCACCAUCUCCGAAACCCUAGCAGCGGCAACAAACCUCUUCUCCCUCAGCUUUCCCACCAUUCCCCCGCUCAAGUCCUCAAAAACUUCACCCAAAUUCGAAAUCUUCAUAUCGAGCUUCCUGCAGGCGAUGUCGGCACGGAGGACGGGGUGCUCCUCAGAUGGAGGGCUGAGUUUGGAAGCACGCUUCAGAACUGUGUGAUUCUCGGAGGAACUCCGAUCGAUCGAAAGAGCAACCUCUUUGAUCAGGAUCCAUUUCCUGCGGCGGAAGACAGUGGGAGCAUACCUGAGUCGUUCUACACGAAUGGUGGGUUAAAGCUGCGAGUCGUUUGGACGAUUAGCUCGCUGAUCGCUGCUUCAACCAGACAUUAUCUUCUUCGACCGAUUAUUAAGAACCACCCCACGCUCACAAGCUUGGUUCUGACCGAUUCUGAUGAGCAGGGCACAUUGAGCAUGGGGGCGGAACAGUUGAGGGAGUUCAGGGAGAAGCCAUUAGCAGCUUCUGCUUCAGCCAAUCGAACACAGGUCCCCGCAUCAAAUAUGAAGCUAAGGUACGCUCCUUACCUCGAGCUUCCUGGAGGAAUAGGUAUGCAAGGAGCGACCUUGGUGGCGAUAAGGCCUUCAGCAGAGGGCAGCAGCGCCGGCGCCGCCGUCGCCAGCAGCGGCGGCGGAGUGAGUAAUGGUGGUGGCAGGAAGGAAGCUGAGGCCUUUCUGAAUAGCUCAUUCGACGGUCCUUUCCGAGCUGCAGUGAAAAUGCUUCUGAAGCGCAGGACUUACCUCUUGGAGAUGAAUGGAUUCUGAUAAAUCUUUUCAGAAAUUCGAGGUUGCAGUCUUUCAGCUUCAAUCAGUAGAGCUUCGCUUCUUUUCUGACCUUUAGUUCCAGAAAAAUCACAUCUUUGCUUCAGUUUUUAUGUGUACAGGAAUAAUUUCAUGUUAAAUCUCUGUGAUUAAUGCAGUGCUUUAUCAUGUCUGUGUAAUCAAUCUGUCAUUUCUGGUUAGAAGAAGCAGCAGAGAUGAAUCUUCUUACAGUUCCUACUUUAAAGUUUCUUAUUUUUACGUAA